AUGAAAGCCACCACUGCAUUCGGGGUGGGGGACAUUGUCCUACCGCUGUCGCGCAGCUUCUCUGUUUGCCAGGACCAGCUACUGCUGCCAGAUGGCGUCACGGUGCGCCAUGGCGCUGACUUCAAUGUCACCAUCAUCAGCCACUUCCUCGUCGCUGUAAGGCCCCUAGAUGCCGACACAGAGAUUAUCGUGAACUUCAACUUGUGCUUCUACGACCUGCUCAAGUCAGGCACGUCGCCAACGACCUCAGCGAGUGAAGGGGAGGAAAUGCACACGCUAAACACCAUGUCAGUGCACACCGUUGAGCGCCCCGUUGUCCCAGGAUUCCGCUAUCUCGAGGAGGAGUCCAAGCAGGAGCUGUACCGCCUCGCCGAUGAGCAGGUGCGGCAGCAAGCCAUCGUCGACGGCUUCCUUCCGCGUGGCAGCGAUGAGGGUCGACUGACGGUGGUGCAUGCAAAGCCUGGCAAGCCGGUGGCGGUCAGUACCAACGAGCAUGAAGAAGGCGACGUUGUCUUCGAGACGACCGGAGUGCCGCUGCCGUUUCCAAUUCGCAGCACUGUCGAGCUCCCAGGAGACUUACAUCUGAGACUGACAGGUGGAUCCGAGUUCCUGCAGCACUCCUGCCUCCCGAAUGUUCGCCUCGAGAUCGACGGUACACACAUCCGGGGCAUAGCCCUGCGUGCCAUCGAGGCAAACGAGAAGUUGACGUACAACUACCUCACAACAGAGUGGGAAAUCAGCAAAGUGUUUCACUGCUCCUGCAACGUGUACUGCUGCUACGGCUUGAUCAAGGGAUUCCGUUUCCUCGAUCGCGAACAGCAGGAGCACCUGCUGCCGCACUGCAGCCCCGCCGUGUGCGAAAAAUACCGCUCGCCGCUGCUUUCAGGGGCGACUUUUGGCGCCUUGACUAGCAGCACGGCACUAUUCACCACGGCAGAGGGUCGCCUGACCUCACAGCAUGAUCUUGCGGCGGGCACGGUGCUGUUUGAGGUCUGUGGCACCCCGCAGCUGGAUCAAAAUGAGCUGGUGCUUGAGCGGCUUCGCCUGUCGCACUCGUGUGAUGCGAACACAAUCCUCGUCAACAACUGCGUCGUCACAUCUCGCCCGCUUUCUGUGGGUGACGCCGUGACUUCCAAUUUGAACCUCCUCUACUACACUUUCUCGCCAGCUUUGCCAUGUGCCUGCGGGUCUGCCAGCUGCGCCGGCCGCAUCGACGGCUUCAAGGCACUGCCCAUCCAGACGAAGAACUUGUGGUGGAGCUUGGCCUCGAAUGCGGUGCGGGCGGAAGCGCUCGAGAACGGUUACAAGAUUGUCUCGUCCAGCGCACUUGUGGACGUGCGACGCACCUCAACGAUUGGUGACGCCACAUUUGCGAGCCGCAACAUCGCUGCCGGCACGCGUAUCUUCCACAUACACGGGCUCGUGCUGCCCUUCCCCACGGUGUACACCAUCUAUCUCGGCGAGGGGAAGCACCUGCUCUUUGCGGACGGGGCUCAGUGCCUCGCACACAGCUGCGAUCCCAACACCCGCAUUGUUGUGAACACCGACACAGGCAGCUUCGACUGCUUUGCGCUGCGCAAUAUCGCUGCAGACGAACUGAUCUCCUUCAACUACCUGACGACGGAGUGGGACAUGAGUGAGCCCUUCACCUGCGCAUGCGGCAGCAGCAACUGCUACGGUCGCAUCGCUGGCUUUCGCCACGUGAAGCGGGAGGGUCAGCUGAGCCUCUGGAGCAAGGCAACCCGAGCUGUGCAGUCCCUCUUUGCACAGACCAUUCGGCAGAUGGCAAGCACCCUGGCCACACUUAACAGGACUCUUGUGGCCCCGGUAGGCGCGAAUGGCGCCCUCUUGCUUGCUGAGGACACGCCGUCCGGCACGGUGCUCUUCAAGGCGCCGGCGGGCUUUGCGGUGGAGGGCGAUCAAGUCUGCUUUGGCGACAUCUUCCUCGCCCACUCCUGCAACGCUUCCGCUGUUCUAUUGGAGGGCCGCGUUGUAUUGAGCGACGCGUGCACGGCCGGCACCGCCGUCACCCUGAACGUGAACCAGCUGUGCUACAAGCUGGCAAAGCCCUUCACAUGCCGCUGCGGCGGGUCUGACUGCACACACGUCGUCGGAGGCUUCGCCGCGCUGUCGGACACGGAAAAGGCGCGCAUUCUGCUCUGCACUGCGCCAGAUGUGCGCGCAGAGGCAACUGCUGCGGGCUUCAUGAUUCCCUGUUUGUGCCCCUUGGUGACGGUGAGGGCGAACGGGGUGAUGGGGCAGUCCACCUUCGCAGCACGCCGUAUUCCAAGAGGAACCCGCUUCUUCAAGGUGAACGGGCUCGUGUUGCAGUUUCCGACGGUGUACAGCAUCCAGCUAGAGCGCGGCCGCCACCUGCAGUUUGCCGGCGGCGCCCAGUGUCUUGCACAUAGCUGUUCCCCAAACGUGCGCAUCAUGGUCGACGCGGAGAGCCGUUCGCUCGACUGCCUCGCCCUCCGCGACAUCGAGGAGGGGGAGUUGAUCGCCUUUAACUACCUGACGACGGAAUGGGACCUGAGUGCCCCGUUCUCAUGCCUCUGUGGCAAUGGCAGCACCUGCUUCGGCCGCAUUCGCGGCCUCAAGUACCUCUCCGAGGAACAGCGGCAGCGACUGUGGUGGAUGCUGACCCCAGCAAUGCGCCAUUUGGGAGAGCAGUCAUUCAACUGGAAGACCCUGGCCGGAGUGCAGCUGCGCACUGACCAAGACGGACGUGUGCGCGCCGCGAAGGAGUUGAAGGAGGGGCUGAUCAUUUUGGAGGCGCUGCAGGUGCAACUGCGAAGUGGCUGUGCGCUUGUGGGUGGCGUGCGGCUGAGCCACAGCUGCAUGCCGACUGCGGCGAUCGUGGAAAGGCGUGUGAUCAUGAUCGGGACGGUCUGUCCCGAGACGGAGAUUACUCUAGACCUGAACUGCUUGGCAUACGUCCUGGAUGAGCCGUUCAUGUGCACGUGUGCAGCCGAGGCGACCCCACACGCGGUGAAGGGCUUUGCUGCUCUGUCCGCGGCGGCGCAGGCGACACGGCUGAUUCUCACGGAACCGUCGGUGCGUGCGGUCGCUCUGCGCGAUGGCCACCGAGUCCCGUGCAGCUGUUCGCUUGUGGAAGUGCACGCGAAUGGUGAUAUGGGCCAAGCGACGUUUGCGGCUGUCGACAUCGCCGCAAGCAGCUGUUUCUUCCAAGUGAAGGGGCUGUGCAUUCCGUUUCCAACCAUGUACACCAUCAUGCUGGACGAGGGUCGCCACCUGCUGUUUGCGGACGGCGCCCAGUGCCUCGCGCACAGCUGCGACCCCAACGUGCGUGUUCGUGUCGACGCAACGAACAACACCCUCGAGUGCCAGGCGCUGCGGCCCAUCAAGGCUGGCGAGCUCAUCGCCUUUAACUACAACGCAACGGAGUGGAACAUGAACACACCGUUUCGCUGCCUGUGCGGCGCGCCCCAGUGUGUAUACGAGAUUCGCGGAUUUAAGCACCUCUCUCAGGCUCAGCGAGCGUUGCUCCAGCGGCAGGCGACACCGGCCAUCAAGGCGAUGGCCUCUGCCUACGCAGACGUGCAGUUGCCCGUGGCGCUUCUGCGUGCGGCGCCAGACGGCCGCCUCAGGUCUGCGCGUGCGGUGGCCAAGGGCAACAUCCUGCUGGAGGUGAUGUACCUGGAUGUUCAACCGAAUCAGAUAUGCGUUGGUCGCGACUACGUUGUGCCGCACGACGCAAACUGGUACAACUGCGUACUGGUCGAGGGGCGCCUCAUCGCUAGCCGUACCCUAGCCUCCGACGAGCAACUUCUGGUGAACAUGAAUUUCUUCGUGUACGACAUGACAGAGAUUUUCCCGCGCACAUUCGACGACGCCUGCAAGGGCUUCAAGUUCAUGGACGAGGCAGUCAAACAGGAGUGUCUCUACCUCUGCGAGCCCCCCGUGCGUGCGCAAGCAAUGCGGGACGGCUGGAUUGUGAAGAGUACGCAGGAAACCCUUGUGGUGCAGCCCAACGGAGACAUGGGCCAAACCGCCUACGCGCGCUGCGACAUCGCUGCCGGCACAAAGCUGUUCCACUGCACCGGUCUUGUGAUUCCCUUCCCGACAAUGUACACCAUCUGCGUUGGCGUUCAUCAGCACCUGCUGUUCGGCGACGCGGCAGAGUGCAUCGCGCACCACUGCGAUCCGAAUGUGGAGGUGCGCGUCGACGAGUCCGGCGAGGGCACCUUCGACUUCGUGACGAUUCGCGACAUCGCGAGGGGUGAGAUGAUCACCUUCAACUAUACAACGACGGAGUGGGAUAUGAACACGCCGUUUGAGUGCCUCUGCGGCUCACCCAAGUGUGCCGGGACGAUUCAGGGCUUCAAGCAUCUGCAGGAAGCUGAUCAGCAGCGGCUGUGGCCAAGCACGUCGAAGGUAGUGAAAGAUCAGUGGAGGGCGUACACCGCGUCCGCUUAG